CCAAAAUAUUUUUCUUCUGUUUUUCUUUCAGAAAUGACCAACUUUGGCCAUGAAUAGAGCUCUGAUAAGGUGGCUGGGCCAGUAUCUGCCAUGGCAUCAGAACUCUGUAAAACAAUAUCGGAGGCAAAGCUAGAAAGGCACAAGAAUUUAUUCUUGAACUAUCGAAAUCUUCAUCAUUUUCCUUUAGAGUUACUAAAGGAUGAAGGUCUGCAGUACUUGGAGAGACUGUAUAUGAAAAGAAAUUCCUUGACUACCUUGCCAGAAAAUCUUGCCCAGAAACUUCCAAAUCUUGUGGAACUAUAUCUCCAUUCAAAUAAUAUUGUUAUUGUACCUGAAGCAAUUGGCUCCUUGGUUAAGCUGCAGUUUCUGGACUUGAGUGACAAUGCUCUUGAAAUUGUAUGUCCAGAGAUUGGUCGCUUGCGAUCUCUACGUCACCUUCGAUUAGCUCAUAAUCAGCUAAAAUAUUUGCCAGCAGAGCUGGGAGACCUUAAAGAGUUGCAGACACUGGAUAUCUCAACCAAUCAUUUGAUCACUUUACCUGAAAAACUGCACAUGUGCCUCUCCCUUCAGUACCUCACUGCUGACCAAAAUCAUCUCUGGUACGUCCCUCGCCAUCUUUGCCAGCUUCCCAGUCUCAAUGAAUUGUCCAUGGCUGGAAACCAGCUUGCCUUCUUGCCACUCGAUUUAGGUCGUUCCCGGGAACUGCAGUAUGUUUAUGUGGAUAACAAUGCUCACCUUAAAGGUCUCCCUUCUUACCUUUAUAACAAAGUCAUUGGUUGUAAUGGCUGUGGUUCUCCUGUUCAGAAAGCAGAGGUGAAACUUCUUUCCUUUUCAUCGGGACAGCUGACGGUUUUCCUCCCAGCCGAGGUGAAGUUAAUAGGGACAGAACUGGACCACGUGCUACCCUUGCAGGAGAUGGCCAUGCGGACACUGUACAACACAUACUGCCAGUCUCUAAAAGAUUUGAAGUUUAUGACUCCGAUCUCAUUACCCAGAAGCCUCUUGGAUUUGCUACACUGCCCUCUGGGACACUGCCACCGUUGCAGUCAGCCCAUGUUUACUAUUGUCUAUCCAAAGCUCUUCCCCUUGAGAGAGACACCAAUGGCUGGAUUACAUCAGGGGAGAACAACUGUUAGUUUUGUGGCAUAUUGCUGCUCCACCCAGUGUCUGCAGACCUUUGACCUGUUGAGCUGAUAAAUACUUAAAGCUAUUCAGGAGUGGUGCCAGCUUAAAGCAGCAUCAGACUGUGGCUCCUGACUGUACUGGAAUAUGUGAGUGUAUGUGCCAAAGCAGCAGGAGGCAUGCCCGGCUGGGAACACUAAGAACCGCUUGAAGCCUGCGCCCCUAUCAAAUUUGGAAGAAAGGCAGAAACUCUCUGGGAAGCAUUGUGACUGUCCAGCUUUAAAAAACAUUUAACACCUUCCUGGGUGUUCCUCUCCAAGCAGAACAGAAAGCAGGCCAGCAUGCAAGCAAAGAGCCUGCUGGACCCUCUCGGAACUUGGACACGCGAUUCAAGUUGCAUUUCCUACGCAACUUCACUCGGGCUGCUUGGGCAAUAUCAGUUGGUGUGGGUUUUUUAAUGAUACCUUUGCAGUCCUUGUAACUUUUUCAAUUACUUCCCUGCUUGAUUUCCUGUUAGUGCCCUCUUGAGAAGCAGCCAUUUAAGGUAACAAUUUAUUUAUGCUAGUGAGAUUUUCCCUACUUUCCAUUAAUGAGCCAAUACAUUUUCCUCCUCCCCCAACUGAUGUUUUGAUAGUCACUGGGACUUAAAGAUAUACUUGCGGAAAGCUUUUAUUUUGAACAUUACUUGGUGCAGUCGGCCAUCCGGUUGGGUAGGUAGAGAGAAUGUUUUAAGUCACCCUUCAUAUGUGGUUGAAGUCCUAAAGAGACCACCAUCGGUAGCCACAAUUCCUCACUUGUUGGCGGCUCUUUAGAAAAUGUUUUUCACCCUUGACAUUGCAGAAUUAAUUAGGUUCUUAAAAUGCCAGUAGAUUUAGAAUAAGUAAAACGUUGUCUCUGGCCUCCCCUCCAUACAGUUUUGUAAAUGUUAAUAAUAUUUGUUGUAAGUCUAUGGCCUUUGUGCAUGUUGAACUACAUCACCUUCUGAUCACUCUCAUUGCCUUUUGUGGCUGUGCAUGGUGGGAGUUGUAGUCCAACACAGCAGGAGAACACUGCAUUAUAGAAGUAUUGUAUGCUCUUUGGAGCCCCUGUUUCACUAGUUCAAUUUUUCCAUCAAAUGAUCUAAAACUGGGGAGGCCACAAAAAGGGUUGAAACAAACUAAUUUUUCCUACAUUAUUUCUAAAGAGCUGUGGUAGCAUUUUAAGUUAUGCUCAAGAAAUAUCUUGCAAGCGUUAUUUUUGCUGUGGGGAUUGCUUCUUCGUACUUAAACAGCUCAGAAAUUGGCAGGAAGAACAGAAUCUGGGCACUAACUUGCCAUUUAAUUUUUGAAAGAAAAAAGGAGCAAAGCUCAACUUUUCUUAAAUGGUUUACAAAUAUUUUUCAAAAUACUUGUUGCUAGCAUCAUUAUUAGUGACAGUUGCUUGCAAGUUUGACAUAUUGAAUUCUCUUUUGGUUAAUAACUAGUAAUCUGAAAAGUUCAAAUAUUUUUUUAAGCGGCAUGGUGAAGAAGAUUAGGAACAUGACUGGGUGCAUGGCAAGGGGUAAUGACAGAACAUGCAUGUCUCUGAUGCCAGAAGGAAAUGGACCCCCUUCCUUUAUGAUUUCAUCUUCCUGUAUACUCUUCUUAAAGAACAAUUCCAUGAAAUUCAGGUUAAAAAGUGCACAUUAUGAACCAUUAGUUGGUAGAAUUCUGAACAAUAGAGCUACAGAGUCUUUGAGAGGAGGCAUACUUGUGCCAUGUAAAUCAGUUCCUAAACAUCAUAGCUAAAGAGAAACAUGGAAUCCUUUCACCUGAACUUUCAAAAGUACAUUAAAAAUAGCAGUAUCUGCCUGCACUUUGAAAUGGGUACCAUUCAAAAUUCAACCAUCUCAGGCAGUUAAGAGUCAAGCUGCUUCUUAUAGCUACUCCCAAGGACUGUCUGAGAAUUCUGUAGGCCUCUUCAGAGUUCAUCAAUAUUUCUGAAGACGGGAAAAGCAUAAUAGCAUGAAACAUGGUUGUCACACCCUUUGUAACUUUCUGCUGUCCUGGGAAGUGGACAGGUCCUGGGCAAAUCAAAGUAGUAAGGCAAGCUUCCUCAAUCCAGGUGCCCUCCAAGUGGAGGAGCUCUAAGAGCAAAAUCCUCACAUCUGGAAGGUGCCCACGUUGGGGAUGUCUGAAAUAAGAAACAGCACCUUACAUAAUCCUCCUCAUUUCAUCCUUGCUUUUGUUAUGUUUUUUAGCAGAGUUGGUGCAUAUACACAUUUAUAUCAUUAAUUCUUGGCCCUCAGCUGUUGUUUCUCUCCUUUUGGGGAAAAUUAAGGAAAUGUGAAGACUGAGACUGCUGUUCUGCCAUUCUACCCUGGGUCCUCAUAUCACCAAAUGUGCAAUUACCCUAAGUAGCUAUAAUGUUUCAUCCACCUCCUAUUCCAUUAAUCUCUGCAUUCUUAAUUUUAAAGAUAAAAUAGUCCAAAUGUGUAGUUUGGCUGCAAUCACAGUUCUUUGUAAUUACAAUCAUCCCAGAAUAAAACCAAACAGUUGCAUCACC